CUCCCGUUCGCGUCCUCAUUGUGGCCAGUCCUGGAGAUUUAGGAUGUUUGACAAACUGUGCCAUCGACAUGACUGGAGAUUGGGCUUUCAGCGAUAUGAAAUACCAUAUUCUGGAGCUUGGCCAUGAAGGCACCUCGGUCAGAAGGCUUGAAGGCGUGCCGAUAGACUUCGAAACGCUUGAAUAUGUGCCCAGUGAAUAUCCAGGAAUCGCGAAUGCCAGUCUUUUGAGAUUACACCCCUGGACUGAAAUAGGCUUGAAUGAAGGAUCUUUCCUCAAAGCAUACGGCACGUAAGUGAGAUGGCACGCUCCGCUCCUUCGCGUGAAUGCGAGUUUCUUCGCACUCAACCCUCGCAUUUAUCAAUCUCCGGGCUCGCAAAGAUGAACGUGGUCGGCCUGCUGAUAUCUCGCAGAUAUGAGUACUUUGAAAGAGGUCCUCCGUCCAUAGUUACCAGUAUCAAGCAGUGUCUUGCAGGAAGCAUGCACCGCCACGCAAGACCCCAGCAUCCGCCAAAGCUCCCUGCAUUGAAGAAGUUCGUCUACACAGCGAUACUUCCUUUCGCAACUCACGUCAACUUCAGCAGUCUACUGCCAUUCUUGGACGAGCUUGACGUCAAGCUUGCCCCAGACCCCGACUCAGGAAUCCUCAGCGACAGCAGGCGUGUCGGCAAGGCCGAGCUUGAAGGCAAGUAUCGUUGCCGCUCCAGGUCUCACGCUGGACACAUCAUUGACUGGUGCGCAGAUUGCUGGCAGGAGUUCUUCACCUCCUAUCAGGUCAUCUCGCGACCAUUCCGAACGCACGAGUUGUCUUCCAGCCGCGCCCUGCCGCUGAAGAAGUUCAUUUGUAGAGACUACCAGAAUCCGGCCUUGGAGGAGGAACUAGACGAGACCUUUCUGUGGCUCUGGUAUGGCUCAGUGGUUAGUGUUGGCGUCGAAACGUGCUAAUUCGCAGUUCCAGCAUGCCUUGUUGGGCAGAGAUGAGGCCUGGCGUAUUCGAGAGGCAGGCAGAUGUUCCAGGCUACGCUCAGGCACUGUAGAGAUUUGAGGACAGUGAACAAAGGCCGGCUUUUGACAUCC